AUGGAGGAGGAUGUCAGUUCCCGUCGAGGCCGCUCGAGGGCUUCCAAUCCGCCACACGCUUCUCGAUCGGCGCCGAGAUCUCGUCGCCCAGAGCAGCCGCUUUUCAUCCCCCGUUGUCUGCAGCCGCCCCCCACGGACUCCAGCCUUCCUUCGCCCGUCUCUUCCUGUGGCUCGGUGCGAGGUGAGGAAGAUUGUCGCGGCGUUCGGCACGUGGAGGAACCUCUCGAGUUUCUCCAGGCUGAGUACGCGCGGCGCGAGGAAGGCCGGGGCUUGCGCUUGCAGGCUGGGCGGUCGAUGCGCGCCGAUCGCCUGGACGAAGAGGAGACGCGCGAGCGCCGAGAGUGGGAAGCGGAAGUUUCCCGGCGGCUGCAAGGCCGCCCAAACGUCGCUCCGCCCCGCACACCUUUUGUGCGUCUCGAGCAGGCGCAGCGCCUGUAUCACCUCUUCGCCGCGAGCGCGGCGCCGCAGCCUCGCAGAGUCGCGACGGCAGAGACGGAAGAGACAGAGCGCGAAGGAGACGACCCCGCGGAGACUCCAGCAGAGGCGAGCCGCGGAGAGGCGACCGGCGCAGAAAGCGACACGUCGUCGCAAGCCUCGCCUUCGGCCGGUGGUCGGGAGCGGCGAGCCGCCGAGAAGACGAGACAGGCUCGCAAGGUCGCGCGGAAGGGACGCAGCGGGGUCUCGCCGGCCAGGGUCGACCGCGGGGGGCUUAAGGCAAAGCGCAGUAGCCACGGAGAGAAAGCGAGAGACCUUGGAGAGACGCCUUUCUCAGACCCGCUCUUCUUCGCCGGCGACACGGUGAAGACUGCCGCACGGCGCAUCGUGGAGGGUGCCGGAACGAUCGUGGGGCGUGCAGUGCUCAACAAGUUUUGGCAGCGACACCAAAAGGGAAUAAAGCAGCUGCAGAUCUUGCUGUGCGAACAACAGGAAAACGUCGCGCGCGAGGAAGAGCGAAAGGCUGGCCUUCUCGCCUCACUCUCGACCGUGCCGCCCGCAGCGCGCGAAGGAAUCCUCGCCGGCGUCGAACGCGCUGUCGACGAAGCCAGGCGAGUGCACGUCGAACUCGAAACCGAACUUCUCCGCGCUGUCGAUGACGCCACUGCGGUGUACAGACAGCUACACGAGACCGUCCGCGAAGAGGCUCUAGACCCCGUACCGGAUCUCCCGAGAGACAAACAACUGGAGAGAGAUGGACCUGGAGAGGCGAAGGCAAAAGGAAAAAAAGAGACAGACGAAGAAGAAAAAGACGCAGAAAAAGCAGGUGGGAGACAGCAGGAUGCGGGAGGCGGCGGAGUAGAGGAAGCGGAGCGAAGGGAGGCAGCUAGACAGCGGAACAGAUGCGCGCAACAUCUUCUCGCCUUGCUCUCCAGCAUCUUGGGAGAUUUGCACAGAUACCGCGAACAACUGGAUCCUCCACUUCCUUGCGGCGCUGCGCCCGCCGACGCCUUGAAUCGCCUCGCUCUCCCGCAGAUCUCAGGACUGUCUCUGCCGGCGGCGGAGCGCGUCGAGGCUCCGCAUGCAGUUUGUCCUCUUCUCGCGUCGCGGAAUGCUCCCCAGGGAGCCUCGCGCGACCCUGACGUCCUCGAGGGCGUCGCGCGUCUGCUGCUGGGUCCGUGCCUCUCGCUCUCGCUGCGCCAGGCCUUUCUCUGCUACGCGGAGAGUCUCAGCCUCUUCCCGCACGAUGGUUUCGUCUUUAACCAGAUGGCGACGCUCUGCUCGAAGUUGCAACAGCACGCGCAGCGGCGCUUCAGUGUCGCGACAGCCGGAGACGCGGCGGGCUGUCAAGAUAGAGCCGGGCACAGCGCGCGCGAAGGCCUCGAGGGUAGCUGCGCCGUCACUGUCCAGGCUCUCGCUGCAGUCUACUGGUGCCUGCGUGCACAUCUGUGCGCCUUUCCCCUGCGGUCGACCGACGGCCUGGCGCUCCUGCUUCAGCGUCUCUCUGCGCGAGACGACAGCCACGUUCAACAGCGGGCCGGGGCCUGCGAAGCAGUCAGCGUCGCCGGCGGAGUGUCCGUACACUCGGGCGUGUGGAGCUCGAAGGCGCAAGUUCAGGAGCACCGGAAGGCGGCGCUGGCGAUAACGCGGAAUCCGUUGGCGGUCUUUGUGUCUUUUUAUUUCCGUCUCUUGCACCAUCUCCAGAGCCGCGUCGACCUCCCACACUUCCACGUCCACGCCGCGGAGUGUCUCGCAGCGCUUCGUCACCUCCAGGGUGUAUGGACACCCCACACGCCCCAACACGAGGCCUUUUGGCUCCUCAUUUUGAUGUCUCCACUGCUGGUUUCGCUCGCGUCAGCCGGCGGAUGUUUCCGCAUGCAGGCGCAAGUUGCAGAGGCGCUCGCGGCGAAGAGGGGAGGUUGGCGCUCCGGCGCCGUCGCGGCAGGCGGGGAGAAGGAAGACGCCGCCGCCGGGGAGGCGCGACCGACGAGGGGAGACAGACGAGACCCUGCGCCGCGAGAGACAGGUGCGCCAGAAAAGCGAGACCAGGAUGUGCUGAACACUUCUGCGACUGUGCGAAUGUACACAGCCGUUGCGUCGUCCCUCCGACGCGUCGAUGGGCUAGACGAGGCAGUCGAGAAGCUGGUGACAACACGGCAAGGACGGAAACCAAACUCCCGACAGAGACGCGAAACAGGUGAACAGCGCGCGGCCAGCGAAGAACCAGCUGACAGAGAAACGGACAGCGAUGACGACGCAGGACGCAAGGGAGAAGCACCAGCAGAAGAGGAAGAAGGAGAAGACGAGGGAGCGGAGGGAAACGCAGGAGAGGAUGAGGGAGAUGAGAGGCUGCGGCUUUCCCUCCAUUUUUGCUGCGACAUUGCGCUCGCGCUCACGACCAAGGCGAUCGCUUUAAUUCGAAGAGUUAAAGCGCAGAAGCGAGAAACCGCGAACCCACAAAGCCUGCCCACGGUGUCUCCAGGCCUCCGCGGGCCGGAACCAAAACCGGCGGACCGAAAACAGCCGGCGAGAGGAUGGACGGAGAGCGAUGCGUUUCCCCAAUCGUCUCAGGAUCAGCAUCGGAGCACAAGCGGGGCUUCCGAAGAACACAUACAAGGCGUGGAGCUCUCUUCCCAACUGUCUACUCUUCUCGCUCCCAUCUGUAUCUGCAUCUUCUUUCUGCGUGCCCAUCCGCGUUUGUUUUUUUCGGAUGCAUUUGCUGGCGUGAGCGCUCUCCGACGUCAAGUGGCGACUGCGGCUGUGUUGCUCUUUCCUCCGAUCCUCGACGAAGAAAAGGCGACGCAGCGAGAAAGCUCGCUUCUAGGUCUUCUUCGCCACAAACUCCCCGAGGACUUCCUUCUGCUCGGCCUCCUAGACUUCCCUCUCUGCUUCCCUCCUGAAACGCCCUACAUGUCCGACUCCUCUUCUUCCUCUCCUUCCUCUUCUUCUUCCUCUUCCUCCCGUCCCUCCUCUUCUUCCUCCUCUUCUUCGUCUUCUUCCUCUUCUUUGUCUUUCUCUUCUUCUCAGAGGCUAGGAGGACGGUCGACGAAGGCACAGCGCGUGGGUGGUGAGGACGGAACCGAGAGAAGAGAAGAAACGGAGGCUGAGGAAGGAAGGGAAGAAAGACGUUCGUGCGGAGAGGACGACGGUGAUGGGAGCGGCGAGGAAUUUGUGCUUUUAGAUAAGCCGAUCUUGCUCAUCCCGCCUGAGACCAGAUGCGACGGUUCGCAGCCUCCACCGACAGUUUCUCUGCAUACGACCGCUUCCUCUUCUUCCUCGUCGUCUUCUUUUUCUUCUGCGUUUGAGAAGGGGGAGCGCGCGAGUACAGAGAAGGCUGCCGGGGAAGGCGGCGUCGCAGCGGAGGGCCUUCGUGCGACAAAGGCGCUUGACUUGGACGCGACGGCAGGCCGCCCGCGCGGCAUCGCUUCGCGGUCCGCGUCGACGCGCCAGCCUCCGCGUCUCUUUCCGUCUCCUGCUGUUUCCUGCGCUGUCGAGACCGCCUGCAGCGCCUUCUUUCAGGUUCGGUGCGCGCGCCUGUGGGCUCUGUGUGUCGAUACACCUGAGUUCCAAGACAUGUUCCAGUACGCCCAUCAGGUGUCCCUGCAGCACCGCGAGAAACUGUUUCUUCUGCAGCUGCGCCGCGAGCGCGAACGCCACCACCGCGAGCGGCUCGCACUGCAACUGGACGCGGAACGCGGGGCGGACGACACAGUGACGGCCGAAGGAAAAGCCAGCGCAGGCGUCUCUGCGCAGACGGGGCAAGAGGCAGAAAAAAAGGUCGAGACGCCUUGCGAGAAAGAAAGCGACAAGUCGGCCGGUCGGAUCACAACGGCGGAUCUCCUCGCACAAGUCAACCGCUCGUGGCUCCAAAGGACGAAUCGGUUCUCGGCUUCUCGGCACGCGACCGAGAAGGCGAACGAGACGGAAGGAGACGCGCCCUACGUUUCUUCCCGUCAAGACCCGCGCACGGAGGCGCUCGAGGGCGCAGGGCGAAGCAGCCGGGAGACCGACGGGGCGUCCCAGCGUGGCGAGGAGGAAGCAAAGGAGGCCGGGUUUCCGCCUGGCGGCUGGGUGUCCGAGUUCGACGCGCCUCCGCAAGAAGAGCCGUUUUUGCCGCACUUCUUAGCUGGGCGUCGAAGCCGCCGGAGACGUCCCGCGACAAAGGCCAAACCGGAAGUCUCUGAAGAGACGCAGGCCGAUGAGGAAGCAGCGUCUGCGCCCUCCUCGGAUUCGCACCCCGCGUCGGCGACUUCGCCGGGCGCCUCUGCGCUCUUGAGCGCUCAGCCGUCCAUCUCGGCUUUCUCGCGCCGUCUGAUCGACUACGAGCUGAAGCGGCAGGCAGACGAGGCCGCAUUGGCGCGAGGCCUCCUGUCUCCGCCGCGGGAGUCGGAGACAACGUGUCUCUCGCGAGACCAGUCUGCGCCGCCUGCGUCGCCGGGCGGCGCGUCGCGGCGUCCGGCAGGCGUCCUCCCACUCCGGUCUCUCGUCCUGCCGCUCGCUGCGCGGACUGGCGACGGGCGGGACGAAGGCCAGGAGAAGCGCGAGGCGUGUCCUGUGGGAGGCGGUGGAAAUGCAGGCGGUUCGCGUCCCUUUGUGUCUGCGCAGGCGCAGGCGGUCGCUGAGGACGGAUUGAGUGCGGCCGGGGGUGCCGAUCCACGCGAAGACAAACGAUGGCCGAGGCGGUUUCGAGGUCGGCGCGGUUCGUCCUCGCGGGCGCUCCCGUUUCCCAGGGAGGUGGAAGAGGCAGUUGCGCCAGGCGAGGGAGACUCGGGCGAAGAAGAGAGAGAGAAAGGACCACGCGACGAGGGAAGUGAUCCAGAAGGCGGGCCGUCGGCGUCUCCGUCUGCCGGGUGCGGGAUCAGCAGACAGGACGGCAGUCAGCCGCGAGAGCCGCGAGAGGCGAAGCCUGUCUCUGGCGAUCGCAGGCGCGAGAAGGAGAAGACGCCGAACGUGUUUUCGCCUUUCCAGGCUUCACCCACAGAAGGCGUAGGCAAGUUGAUCGUCAUCGACGGCAGCAACGUGGCGAUGCGCCACGGCGGCGGAAGGACGGCGGGGCUCACCAAGGCGUUUUCCACGAAAGGCAUUCAACAGGCUGUCGAACACUACACGACGCGGGGGUACACCGUGCGGGUCUUUCUCCCGGACUACGUCCUCAGCUACACAAGCGUGGGCGAGGCGAAACGCAUGCAGAAGAUGGCUUUCCCCGUCAAGGAGCAGUUGGCGACGCGAAUUCCAGACUCCCUGGAUGCUCUCCACGAGCUCAUGCGCGCAGGCCUCGUCGUCAACACGCCUUCCCAAGACUACGACGAUUCCUACGCGAUCAUGUACGCCAUGAAGCACGACGGAUGCAUCGUCACAAACGACCUGUAUCGCGACUUUAUAACAAAGAACGACAAUCCACACGCGAUACGCAGGUGGAUGAAGCUGCAUCUCAUCUCCUUCGUCUUCAUCGAAGACGAGUUUAUCCCCAACCCCGACUUCCGCUGGCCCACGCUUCCUCAACCCGACACGUCCUAG